UUUUUUUCUUGCAGCAGUAUUUAAACCUCAAGUCCAAGUUCUUUCCUUCUCUCUCUCUCUGGUCCUGUAGCUCUCUUUCUGCUUCCUCAACUCCAGACAUUCAUCUUUGCUGCAAAAAUGGCCACAGCUGGUAAGGUUAUCAAAUGCAAGGCAGCAGUGGCCUGGGAGCCCAACAAGCCUUUGGUGAUUGAGGAAAUAGAGGUGGCCCCACCCCAGGCCAAUGAAGUCCGCAUCAAGAUUGUGGCAACUGGGGUGUGCCACACGGACCUUUACCACCUGUUUGAGGGCAUGCAUAAAGAUGGCUUCCCAGCAGUCCUUGGCCACGAGGGAGCUGGCAUUGUAGAGAGUGUUGGGCCUGGAGUCACUGAAUUUCAGCCAGGAGACAAGGUGAUUCCUCUGUUCAUCUCCCAGUGCAAACAAUGUCGUUUCUGCAAGAGUCCUAAGACCAACCAGUGUGAAAAAGGAUGGGCUGCUGAUCGACAUGAUGUGAUGGCAUCAGCAGAAUCCAGGUUUACUUGUAAGGGGAAGAAGGUGUUGCAGUUUAUGGGAACCAGCACCUUCUCACAGUACACUGUGAUGAACCAGAUGGCUGUGGCAAAGGUCGACCCUGCUGCGCCUCUUGACAAAGUCUGUCUUCUUGGAUGUGGUGUCUGCACAGGAUUUGGAGCAGCAGUUAAUACUGCUAAGGUGGAACCAGGCUCCACAUGUGCUGUGUUUGGCCUGGGAGCUGUGGGUCUGGCUGCAGUCAUGGGCUGCAAGGCUGCAGGAGCCAAGAGGAUUAUCGCGGUUGACAUCAAUCCAGAGAAGUUUGAGAAGGCUAAGGUGUUCGGCGCAACUGAAUUUGUGAACCCCAAGGAUCACAAUAAACCCAUCAGCCAAGUGCUGGCUGAGAUGACAGAUGGAGGAGUGGACUACUCCCUGGAGUGUGUUGGGAAUGUGGGAGUCAUGCGCAGUGCCUUGGAGUCUUGUGUGAAAGGCUGGGGUGUCAGUGUGCUGGUUGGCUGGACAGACAUGUAUGACUUUGCUGCUCGACCCAUUCAGCUCAUUGCCGGACGUACAUGGAAGGGCUCCCUGUUUGGAGGAUUCAAGAGCAAGGAUGGUGUUCCUGAGAUGGUUAAAGCCUACCUGGACAAGAAGGUGAAGUUGGAUGAGUUCAUCACUCACAAAAUGACUUUGGGUGAGGUCAAUGACGCCAUUGAACUGAUGAAGCACGGCGAAUGUAUCCGGACGGUCCUGAGUGUUUCUCCACAAUGAGACCACUAUGUUGCAUGUUGCAUGUGUUGUAAUGAAUCUCAAUGCAAUAUUCAUACACACAAUGCACAUGAUAAAGAGAUCUGCACAGUAUACAUAUGUGCCUGAUCUUGAACAAUCAACACUUUUCAGAGGAUUGUCUGCAGAAUCAUCUGCAGUGUUCAUGGAAGCAUGAGCUAAACAUGUCAAAGUGCUUAUGAAGCAAAAUAAAUGAUCUAAACAGA